ACAACAACCACGGAAGUUAUCGCUGCCGCUGCAUCAAUUCAACGCGAGCAUACCUUCAAUUUCAAAGCUAAUUAAUCCUUAAUUUCAAUAUCCCGAUCAGCUCUAUCGCCGUCAUCAUGUUUGGCUCCAAGAUACUCGCGGUUGCUGCGCUUGCGCUGGGUGUCGUCGCUCACGAGACUACCUGUCCAGCACCCACAACCAUCACCAUCACCGUCACGCACUCUAUUACCCGGCCUGGACCGCCACCAACGCCUUCGAGCUCGUAUGCACCUCCUCCUCCUGCUGAAUCGGUCGUAGUGCCUAGCGUGAGCAGCGUUGUCAGUAUCACUAGCGCUGCAACGCCCCAUGAGCCUAUUCCUACUUCAGAGACUGCUGCACCCUCUGGCCCGACUCCAAGUAUUGCUCCGUCAGCGCCACUUGAGAGUUCUCCCGUCCCCUCUGGUGUUACUACUGUACCUGUCGUCGUCGCGCCGUCCACCGUUGUGCCGUCUGCCUCUUCAACCGUCCAAGUACCACCAGCCUCGAGUCCUGCUCUCCCAGAGGUGACUACGAAUGCAGCUGCUGUUGUCGCGCCCUUGACUGGUCUGGGCUCCCUCUUCGCUAUUGGCUUUGCAGCCCUAGUUGCCGUCGUCUAACACGACUUUGUGCAUAUAUGAAACCAAGUUCGAUUUCGGAUC